UUGUCAUCGUGCCGUGUGAUUAAUGCAAAGCUAGUAAAAUUGUGUAUUUUGUGUUGGAAAUUCGAACAUUUAUCGAAUUUUCCAUGUUUCCAAAACCAAUUUAGUGGCCAAUUUUCAACAAUUCAUAAAAAAAUUGGCGUGUGAAUUAAAGCAAAAUGAGAAAAACGUGUUUUAUAAAAGUGCACUUGUAGACCUAUCGACUCCGGUGGCGAGGUUUUGAGAAUCAGGUGAAUAGUGUGCGUGUGUUCGCAGCACCCUUCCAAACAAGGCAACACUGCCACCAUAAAACUCCCGAACGGCACGCGAGGCAAGAAAACUUCAUUUUUUCACAACCCAAAAGUGACAGACGGAAAACAACAAUGGACGUCGUGGUGAAGCAACUUUAAUCCCUGGUGGAUAACUUUGUGUAAAUCCCGUGUACGAGCCUAGUUUGAAAUCUCAUUAAUAAAAAAUCGAUACAAUACAGUGCCCCAAAGUCAAUAUGGAUUUCGAAGACGAUUCCUCUAAAUCGAGGGAACCGUCGUGUACCCCACCGCUGCCAACGACGGACUUGACGCCUAUCGAAAUUAUGAAAUUUGCUACCAGCGGCACAGACUUGGCCACACCGGAAAGGAUUCCCGCUGUUGUCGGAACCGUACCUGACGGCACGCUCCAGCAGGAUCAGGAUAUGGCUAGCGAACUAACCGACGAGAAAUACGUGUCCGCAACGAGGGAAAAAACUGCAGAGACAGACAAAAAUGGCGAUCCAAGUGCUGUGGAGAAAAACGAUUCGAAGGGGGCGAAGCUGUCAGCGAAAGUAGCAGAAGAAACAUCUUCAUCACGGCUUCCGUCCAAGAAAGAGGAAAACGCAAAUGGCCCAAAUCCAUCCGCAGGGAAGCAUGACAAAUCUAGAACACCGUCGUCACCGCCCAUGAAGAAAAGAAAAACGGACGCCAAAGAUGGUGGAAAAUCUAAAAGCAGCAAGAAAAAGGAUAAAGACAAAUCCACCGAACCAGAAAAGUCCAAGGACAAGGAAAAGGAGAAAAGUAGAAAACGCAAAAACAAGAAUCGCGAGAAAGACCGUUCCAAAAGUAGAGGAAGGUCGAGAGAGCGUGCAAAAUCCCGUGACAAAGAGAAAAAACGACGGUCCAAGAGCGUCGACAAGCGCAGCCGUAGCCGAAAGAGUAGCUCGCCCCGUCCAGAUCGGAAAAAGCGAAACGCGAGUCGGAGUAAAUCGGAAUUUGCCAGAUCUAAAAGCAUUGCCAGUGGUAGAAAAAAAGAGGACAAAAUGAAAAGGAAAUCACGAUCCCGGGAAAGAGGAAAGUCGGUCAUGGUGAAAGAUAGACGCUUUGGCAGCAGUAAGGAGCGGUCCGGUGAAGGUUCCGCUAAGCAGAGUUUUAUUGCUAUGAAGAAACGCCCGGAGAGAUCGCCGGUAUUACUCGCUCCCGUGAAAUACACCUCUAGUACACCAGUUAUUAGUUGGCGAGAACGAAUUGUGAAUAAAAUUCAAACCACAACACAACCAGCUCGGCAAAUCCCGGUAACUCCCGCUAUUGCCGCGUUACAAGCGUACGAUGAUGACGAUGAAAAUUCUUUGCAGAGCAUCGACGAGCGAAGCUCCAAAACGAAGCGAGAUGCAACUGGUGAUAAAAUCGUUGACAAGAAAAACGAAACCGAUUCGAAGCGAAAGAAAAAAAUCAGAAGUAAAAGUGUGGCGAAAAAAGCCAAGAAAAGUGGAUCUCUAAAGAAGAAAUCCAAAGAUAAACGCAAGGAACAAACUAAACGAAAGCGAUCGCCAAAGGACAAAAAGAAAGAAAAAAAUGUCGUCACAAAUAAGCAUGUAGUUUCUGAACCGAAGUUUGUCGUGGAUCCUCUCAUGUCCUCCGGAGAUUCGGAUACUGAUCUGGGAACAUCGUUGCAUGACGAGGACGAGGAAGCACCAGAAAUGCUUGUAAAACGAAUAAAACUUGAAAAAGUGGACGAAACUGAUCAACUGCAGUUUGGUCAAAUUCAAAUAGACUACAGUAUCGUAAAGCAAGAACCACUAACCGAUGAGGAGAAGGAGAAAGUCACCGAGGAUCUCCCCGUACCUGAACCCGUGCCACCUCCUGAAGCCGUGCCGAAGCCAGUGCUUCCAGAGCUGGAACUACCUUCGGUAGAUUCGAAGGAAGCUACACCUAUGAAACCGAAAUUCAAUUGUUCCUUUUUGGACGACCUAAAUAGUGGGAAGAAAUUGCCGCCCGGUUCGUUAAAUGCUUUGCAAAAAGCAGAGCUAGAGGAUCGGAACCGAAAAGAAACAGAUUCCCCGGAUACCGAUGACUAUGCUUCCAAUUGGGAAAAUGAUGAGUUGAGUCCUCUGGUGACAGCCGCGAAAGCACCUGUUGAGACACCGAAACCGAUGGAAAAAAGCAGUGAAGAAAUCCAUAAACGAAACAGACUUAUUCCGAAAAGUACUCAUGAACAAAUUAUCCCACUGGACGAUCUGCUGAACAUUCAAAGUCAGUUACAAUCGAUGAAAAACAAACUGGAAAGUGUUGGUCAGUUGGAAGGAAUUACUCCGUUAGUGAAAAAAAUAGAACUUCCUCCAGUUAUGCUUGACGAUUCCAGUAAACCAUUACUCGACGAGUUCCCGAAUUGUGUUGCAAAAGAUGCUACGGAUGUUGUUGGCAUUCCGUUGAAUCCAAAACUAACGAAAAAACGAAGAAGUUCGUCUAGCACAACCACCAGCACAAGUUCCACUUCCGAUAGUUCUAGUUCGAGCUCCGAUUCCAGUUCUUCUAGUUCAUCAUCCAGUUCAAGCUCUAGCUCAUCGGAUUCGGAUUCAACUGACAGUUCAGACGACGAGAAGCAAAAGAAAAAGAAAACACUCGUCAAACGGAAGAAAUCACUCCUAAAACCGAUCAUCUCCGUGGAAGACAUCGAACAGCUUGCCAGUGAGUUAGUUGAACCGGAUGAUAUGCUGGAGGAAGAAGAGCUGAACAAAAUUGAACCAGCUGUGUUGCCUGAAGCGCCGCUCAUUCUACCUCAGCUGGUCAUUCCCGAGCAUUUACUACCGAAACCGAGAAGCGUUGCGAGUGCAUCAUCCAAAAUAUACAGUAUCAAAGAUGACUCGUUAAGUGAAACCAACACCAGCCACGAAUCGUUGAUCGCUGCCAGUAAGCCACUCAGUCUCGAGCGGGAAUCACCGAUUAAGCUAAGGCUUUUACCGAAGAAUAAGAUCGUACCAGCGGUGACUACGUCUGCUCUGCUAGGUCCAGAAGACGAUGAGGAAAGCGAAAAUCAGAAUGUCGAAAGUAAAGAAACACCAACAAAAGUUGACAUUCCAGAACCCGCUGAACCACCCACAGAGAAAACCAGUGAAGACGCACGUGAAACAAAGCGCCACAAAGAACGAAAAUCAAAUGAGCGAAGUCCUAGGAGAGCCCGUGACCAGAGCAAGCGUCGAUCCAAAGAGCGUCGUAGUCACAGCAAAUCAAGAGAUGGUAGUAGCCCUAGCAGAAAACGCCACUCAUCGGACCGAGAACGUGAUCGUAGCAGGAAAGAUCGGUUGCGAAGUCCACCGAUGCGACGGCUAAGAAGUCCUGCUCCAAUGCGCCGUAGGCGGUCGCGUUCUCGAUCGAGAAGCCUGAGCCCUACACUUUUGCGAAGGCCUCCAAGUCCACCGGGCGAUCGCAGCCCCAGAAGUCGUCGAUAUUCGGCAGACCGUGAAUGGCGUCGAUCAAGAUCACCCUACUAUCAGCGCCCUCCUUCGCCAAAGGAGAAACCUCCCAGUGAGAACCAAAUCGAUGUUGUUACCAGCACCGGUGGUGGUAGCAGUGGUGUGUUCGCUACAGCCAACGACCAGUCUCCCGUUACCGGGUACAAGAAAAGUCUUGCCGAUUCCACAAUCAGCGAUGCCGAUCUGGAAAUUCAGAAGCGCAAACCGCAACCCUUCAGCGAAAGUUCCGCUUACAACAAUGUUUACUCAAAAACCUAUGGUUUCUACGGUCCUGAGGACAUGGUGCUAGAGGGACCUGAAGGUGGCGAUUCGCCGAAGCGAAUACCACUGGACGAUCGAAUAAACAUUGUUUUGGGUAUCAACGGAAUCGAAGCACCGAAAAGGCCGCCAGACAUUGUGCCGGCACCUGGUGCAAGUCACUACGGCGAAUAUCAGCCGAUCCAACCCCUGCACCAUGACAUGCAACAACCACCACCACCACAACAACAUUUUUCACCACAUCAGCAGUUUCCCGGUCCAAUCAAUGGCCCGCGACCGAUCAUGCACCCAUCUACUCAGCAGCCUCCACCACAGCCGCAUCAAUUUCCGCAUAAUUAUCCACCAGACUUUCAUGCUGCACCACCAGGACAACCUCCACCACAGGCACCUCCCAACGCAUAUGCGUACGGAGCAAGUCCCCGUCCUCAGUUCUUCUCUAGUCCACGCAUUCCUCAACCAGGCUGGCUACGACCUCCUCACGGACAAGUUAUCCAGCCUGGCGUUCUCCAUCCGCAAAUAUUCCCGAACAACAUGUACCACCAAAGUCCCAACAUUCAGGUUCCUCCUCCUCCACUACCAGUUGAUCCCACGAAAACCCAUGUCGUGCAGGUAGGCAACGUGCUGGAAAUUGUCCCAACGGCCGUUCCGCCACCAACGCCAAGCAGUGUCAAUCAACAGCUAAAAACCACUUCCCCUGUGAUCAUGGUUGAACCAACAACGCCGUUUAUGCAACAGACCUCACCGUCGGAGACUCCCAACCUUCUGACGCCGAAGAUUCUCACCGCGGAAGAGCUGAAACUUCGGCACGAGCGUCGGUUAGAGCUGAAGAAGAAAAUCCGCAUCGAGCGCGAGAAGAAACGCAUGGAGAAAAAAAUGCGCAAGGAAAAGCUCAAACUUGAAGUCAAACGUCUGUUGGCCGAAACAUGUGCAACGGCGGCAAACAGUUCUUCGGAGGAAGAGGAAUUCGAUGCCAACAAACAUCAGGAGUUGCUUGCUUCGCUUAGUAAGGGCUACGAUCGGAGCAUACUGCGAACGAAAACUGGAUCAUGUGUUGCCAGGAAAAAAGUUCUGUUCGCGGAUGGAGUUGCACCUGGCGAUGAAUCGUCUUCGUCGGGAGCGGAAGUCCUCCGUUCACCUGCCAAAAUUACUGCUUCCAAAACGCGUAAAAAAUUACGACGAAAACGGACGCUUAAAGCGACUGGAAGAAAACGCCUAAUCGAUAGGCUUAAACUAGCGGAUCUCAACCUCGAGGAGAAUGAACGUGUCGAUCCAGAGUUGGAAAACAUGCCAGCCCCGCCGCCUCCACCGGGCUCUCCACCUCCGGAACUGAUGCAACCACGCUGCAUCAAUCCGCCGCCGGUGCAAAUGAUAGAUUUCAGCGAUGCACCUCCGAUGCUGCCCUUUCGUGGUGCCGGAAGCAGUUCUACACCUUCGAAUACGCCUGCUUCUAACGGUUCUAGUAUGUCAGCUUCUCCGUUUGUUCCGGCAACACCACCACCGAAUGCGGGCAAUAAUUCUGCUACUAAUUCAAAUCACAAUAUAAACGUGGGGCACAGUACGGCUCCCCCAUCGUCGGCGAGUGGUACCGUUCCGGGUUGGAAUCGAGGCCCAUCGGGAUCAUCGAAUGUGUCAUCGCACGUUCGAUCCCAUCAUCAUAGUCAUCACUAUCAUCACUCGCACAGUCAGCACCACACACCGCCACCUCAAUCACAGCAGUCUGGGCAAGGACCUAAAAAGUCCCGCCGGGACGGCUAUCGAAGCAGCCAACAUCCGCCGGAACCGCCUCAUGCAAUCGAAGCAAUCGGCACUUCAAUGCGACACUCGUCAUCGUACGAUUCAAGUUCUCAUUGAUGAGCAAAUCUUGGUAAUUGUAAGUACGGAGCGUGUAUCAUUUCCCUCUGAGGAGUUUUUUUUCCUGUUUGUCGAAAAACGAAUCGCACGAAGUCUCGUUUCAGGAAAAAAAAUUGAUGAGUUCAGAACAGCGUUAAUUUAGAAUAAUUAAAUCUAAGAAUAAUUCUAUGCUGUAUUUUACCUGCGGGAUUAAUUACAGCGCCAAGUUUCAGUGAACCUUGAACAUAAAAUGACGUAGAAGCCUGCAAUUCUAUUAUAAUUUGAAACAUAGAAAAACAGCGUAGCGUUUUAUGAUAAGUUCGUAGAUAUGAUUUGAUCGAGAAUUUUACUAUAUUUUAGGCAUUAUCCGAUUGUGUUGAGUAUGCUUACAGGAUAGUAAUAUAAUUCGUAUAUGAGGUAAUAAAAAUGUUAUCUUCUG